UAGUAUAUAGUAUUGAAUACUAUAGACUCUAUAGUCAAUCACACAUAUAUUGUAAGCAUUGAAUGCAACCAAAAAAAAACCACAUUUGAUGUGACCAUCGAUGACAUCGACGACGAUAUGAUUUAAUUAAAAAUAAAAUCAAUUAAAUUGUAUUUUAUUUGAUUGAAUCAAUUGAUUGACUAAAAAUAAAAUAGUCUUCAGACCACCUAAUCUGUGACCAAACUGUGAACAAACAGUUGGUUUGUAAAAGUCAUAUACGUUUGUGUGUAAAAUCACACACAAAAAGCAUUGUCUGAACAAAACGAUAAAACAUGGACUCCAAUGGGUCGGCCAUUUCAAACCAGGCCUUUCAAGAGGCCCUACAACGGGCCAGACAGUUGGCCGCAAAAAUAAGUCGAGAGUCUAAUCCAAAUCCAACGUCUUCGUCGACAUCUUCGUCGUCAUCCGAUAAUAACAACACAUCCUUUUCCGGAAAACGAUCUCUCGAUGACGAUUAUUGUAAUGAACCGAAGAGGCCGGCAUCGUUUAAUGAUCCAAUCGGCGCCCAAUUAGCGGCCAUCAAGAACUCGACAAAUAAACCGAAUAAAAAUCAAAAAUAUUUUGACGGCAUUGUUAUGAACGGCGAGAAGACACUGGAUAUGAUGAUUCCGGGCAAUAAAGUUGGUUAUGUUAUCGGAAAAGGAGGCGAAAUGAUUAGGAAUCUACAGGAAAGAGCCAACGUUCGGAUGACAGUGUUUCAGGAAACCAAUGAACCGACCGAAGUUGACAAACAGUUGCGUAUUGUUGGUCUGCCUGACAAAGUUGAUUACGCGCAGCAUUUGGUCAACGAUUUGUUGACCGAAAAAGAGAUCGAAACGGUUCGGCUAAAGACCAGCAAUCCGUUUAGCAAGAAUCCAACCAACGAUUACGGAAGUCAACGAUAUAGUAAUGUCGAAGUUCCGGUUCCGCCACAGUAUAUAGGUUUGGUUAUCGGUAAAGGAGGCGAAACUAUACGUCGAAUACAGCAAGAGUGCGGCUGUAAAGUACAGUUCGAUACCACCAAAGUUGAUCCGAACGGCAAUAAGAUAUGUCAGAUCAAUGGCAAUCCCGAUCCAGUCAAGAAAGCUGUCGAUAUGGUCAACGAAAUUGUCGAAAACGCAAUGCAAGGCAGAGGACCGUCGAAGCACAGGGAUGGCGACGAAGUACGUUUUACUAUACCUGCCCACCGAACCGGUGCUGUCAUCGGCAGAGGUGGCGAUACUAUUAAACAAUUGAAACAACAGUCAGGUUGUGAUAUCGAAUUGGAAAAAGUUUCCCGAAAUGUUAGUCCCGAAGAAAAGGUGUUUAUCAUUCGUGGUCCACCAGACAAGAUAGAGUACGCCCAGGCAUUGAUUAUGGAUAAGGUUAACGGCACCUCCAAUGCCACUCCCAGUUCAUACAGUGAUAGUCCAUCAAAUCAAUGGCCACAGUAUUGGCAACAAUCAGAACAACAACAACAACAACAAACGCAAAAUGAAGAUAAAGGUCAAGAGGCUAACUAUGCUGCUUGGGCAGCCUACUACGCCCAGUGCUACGCUCAGUCACAGCAGACAACACCCCAGGCUCCCGCCGCUACAGCGACUUCUAACUAUUCAAUGCCCACCAAUGGUUCAGCCGCCGAUCAGGCUGCUGCCGCCGCCGCUGGCCAACAACCUGGUGAUCCGUCACAAUCGGGAAAUCAGGAGGCAAUCUAUCGCCAAUGGGCUGAAUACUAUAGAGCUUAUGGUAUGGUCAAAGAAGCUGAACAAAUGGAGCAAAUGUUGGCUCAGUAUAAGGCUCAGGGACCUAAACCGCCAUCCGAUGAUCAUCAAGGAGCCGACGGGGGUGACAAAAGUUCGGGUAAUGCCAAUCCAGUGGCUUAUCCCGGAUAUAAUUAUGGGAAUUAUCCACCAAAUCCACAGCAACAGCAUAACUCUUAAGAUAUUGUUUUUUCGUGAUUAUGUGAUGCCAUUGAUAUAUUUGAAAUUCAUAUUACUUCUACAUUUUAUCAUUUAUUCAAUGAUAACACUUUCACACCAUACAAACAGUAGAAACACACAUACAUUUUAACAGCGCCUCCUGAAUGUCUCGCCCACCACUUCCUCCAUCACUGUCAUCAUCAUCAUUGGGGUUGCAUUGAUUGGUUCCGUAAGCUGAUGGAUAUGUACCAACCAUUUUAAACAAACAAAAAGGUGGUAUUUAUUUGUCAUAACAAUUUUUUGGAAGAAUUUGUGUCAUUGAAAUUGUUUUAACAUAAAUUUUUAUUUAUAUAUAUAUUUAUA